AACCAUAUAUAACAGAGACUAUACCUUAGAACUUGGUUUUCUUUCAUUGCGAUUGUUUUGAGAAAGAGCAACAACAAAACAAAAGAGAUGUUGAAUCUGUUAAGAGAAGAGGUACUAUUGGUAGUGCAGAAGUAUUAUUACGACCUAAUCAUGGUCGCAUUAUUCACUAUAGGAGUAACAUAUUUGGCUUCAAAAGCUUGGAAAAGAGCCACAACAAACAAUAGAGAAGAAAUCCCUGGCAGGUUGGGAUUGCCUUUUAUUGGGGAAACUUUUUCUUUUCUUUCAGCCACUAAUAGCACAAGAGGAUGCUAUGAUUUUGUCAGACUUAGGCGAUUGUGGAAUGGGAGAUGGUUCAAGACAAGGCUAUUUGGGAAGAUCCACAUAUUUAUUCCUAGUCCUGAAGGUGCAAGGACCAUAUUUGCUAAUGACUUUGUUCUAUUCAACAAGGGUUAUGUAAAAUCAAUGGCAGAUGCCGUGGGACAGAAAAGCUUGUUAUGUGUACCCGUUGAGAGUCACAAAAGAAUAAGGGGUCUUCUAUCUGAACCAUUUUCCAUGACUUCCCUAUCAGCAUUUGUCACCAAAUUUGACAAAAUGUUAUGUGGAAGGCUGCAAAAGCUAGAAGAAAGCGGGAAAAGUUUCAAAGUGUUGGACCUCUGUAUGAAGAUGACAUUUGAUGCAAUGUGUGACAUGCUGAUGAGCAUAACGGAGGAUUCAUUACUACGACAGAUCGAGGAAGACUGCACUGCCGUCUCUGAUGCCAUGUUAUCCAUUCCUAUAAUGAUUCCUCGCACCAGAUACUAUAAAGGCAUCACGGCUCGUAAAAGGGUCAUGGAAACUUUCGGAGAGAUCAUUGCCAGACGUAGGAGGGGGGAAGAAACUCCAGAGGACUUCCUUCAGUCCAUGUUGCAGAGAGACUCACUCCCAGCCAGCGAAAAACUUGAUGACUCGGAGAUUAUGGAUAAUCUGUUGACAUUGAUAAUUGCUGGACAAACCACCACAGCAGCAGCAAUGAUGUGGAGUGUAAAGUUUCUACAUGACAACAGAGAAACACAGGACAUUCUCAGGGAAGAACAAUUAUCUAUAACCAAAAUGAAGCCAGAAGGAGCUUCAAUUAACCAUGAAGAUCUCAACAGCAUGCGUUAUGGUUUGAAGGUAGUCAAGGAAACAUUGAGAAUGUCCAAUGUCCUGUUAUGGUUUCCUCGUGUUGCACUUGAAGACUGCACGAUUGAAGGUGAGGAACUCAACUCCUCUGAAGAUAUCAAUUCAAUUAUGUUCAUUAAAUAUUUUAGAUUAAUUAUAGGAGGGCUUUUAUCGUUAGUUUUUCUUGUUGUCAUGACUGUGUUACUAACUAUACAAGUGGCAAUAACAGGGUAUGAUAUAAAGAAAGGUUGGCAUGUUAACAUCGAUGCAACUCACAUACAUCACGACUCCGAUUUGUACAAGGAUCCAUUGAAAUUCAACCCACAAAGAUUUGAUGAAAUGCAAAAGCCAUACAGUUUCAUACCUUUUGGAUCAGGGCCUAGGACAUGCCUUGGGAUCAAUAUGGCGAAAGUGACAAUGUUGGUCUUUUUACACAGACUCACUGGUGGUUACACGUGGACCCUUGAUGAUUUAGAUACUUGCUUAGAAAAGAAGGCACACAUACCCAGGCUAAGGAAUGGCUGCCCAAUAACUUUGAAGUCCUUAAGCAAAAGCAUGCCAGAGGCAUAAAAGAAGGUCGUGGAGAUUUACAAGACAAGUAUUUCAUUUUCACUGCAUGAAGGCCUAAGAAAAAAGCAGCAGACAAUUGUCUAUAUCUACAGAUUGAUGAGAUUUGGAGCAAAUAGUAUCACUGGAAAUAAAUCCAUGCAAGAAUUAUAUAUGUCUUAAUCCAGUUACUACACUACCAGGGAUUGGUAAGCCUAAUAUAUAAAUUGAGUAACAAACUGAAUGUAAGGUUACCUGGUGGAGGAUGGUAACGUUACCUGUUUAAACUUAGGGAGGAAUCACAAGAAUAACCAGCUGCUUGUUAGAACAAUCCGUGUGAGAGAAACCAGCUUCUUUACUUCAUAUAUAUUUUAUGUGUAUGAUUUAUAAGAAUCAA